GAGAAAAGAUACUGAAGCGAAUUCCGGCUUUUGCUGUGAGUACGCAGCUUUACAGAGUCUCAUCCAGACGACAGAGAGGGAGGCGAACACGGGGGGAGAGAGAGAAAAACAAACAUAAGGAGUGUUGGCUGAUGCAUCUGUGUGAGAGCAUCCAUUUCACGGCGAUAGAACAGUUUGGAGCGGAGGAGACGGUGCACAUUUCUCCGUGAAACGCUGCGCUUUUCUCUCCUCUGGAGUCAGUUUCCUAGAGCGGCUGCUGGUGCGCAAAGACACUUUUUUUUCCUGUCGACACGGACAGUAUUUCAUAAGAAGCCUGUUUACUUGGACUAAAGCAGGUCGUUCACAGCUCCAGUGCCAGAUUCAGCAUCUUAUUUGUGGAUUAGAAUUUGCGCUCUGCUGCUGAAGACGCAGAAAGGAAUAUCAAGUUUUCUUGGAAGUUGCGCAGUGACAGAGAAAAGGAAACAUGGGAAUUAAUGGUUAUCUAGCGGUGCCUGGGAGAUGCCUUGUCGUCCUCGGACUUAAAUUGUUAUUCCUUGUACCUGCAGGAGUUCCAGCCAGGAGCGGGGAUUCUGUAUUAAAGGACAACAUCACCGUGAGACAAGGAGACAGCGCCGUGUUAAAAUGUAAUGUUGACAGCAAAGUAUCUCGAGUGGCAUGGCUCAACCGCACCACCAUCCUAUUCGCAGGAAGUGAGAAGUGGUCUCUGGACCCCCGCGUCAUCCUGAUGGAGAACACAGCGAUCACAGAGUACAGCAUCAAGAUCCAAAAUGUUGACGUCCACGAUGAAGGGCCGUACGUCUGCUCCAUCCUCACAAACAAAAAACCAAAAUCCACAAAAGUGCACCUCAUCGUUCAAGUACCCGCCAGGAUCACGAACAUAUCCAGAGACAUCACAGUCAACGAGGGGAGCAGCGCCAGCCUCAUGUGUCUGGCCGUGGGUCGACCUGAGGCCAACAUCAUAUGGAAGCAUCAUUCACCCAGAGGGACUCACAAAUUUGUGACGGAGGGAGAACAUCUGGAGCUGAGAGGCAUCACCAAAGAGCAGUCAGGAUCGUACGAAUGCAUCGCCUCUAAUGACAUCUCCAACCCUGAUGUCAGGACAGUACAAAUCACCGUCAACUAUCCUCCAUUCAUCUCUAAAGCGAGGAGCAUGGGAACUUCAGUCGGACAGAGAGGAGUCCUGCAGUGUGAGGCCUCUGCUGUGCCCAGAGCUGAUUUCGAGUGGUACAAAGAAGACCGCAGGCUCUUCAACGGACUGAAUGGGAUCAAGAUCGAGACUCAGGGUAAACAGUCGAUGCUGGUCUUUUUCAACGUGUCAGAAGAGGACUAUGGAAACUACACCUGUGUUGCUAUGAACACCAUGGGAAUCACUAAUGCCAGCAUAAUCCUCUAUGGUCCUGGUGCCAUGCAUGAUGUGAACGGGGCCGCCGUGUUGCACCGUAGCUCUGUAUGUCUGGUGAUGACUGUAAGCUCACUCUACCUGCUCAAGUUCUGAUACGAAAUGUCACAACCGUCAAGAUCCUCUCAGCGUCGAACAGCAAGAACAGACUAUUAGUCUCAUGAGAAGAAUGGAAACCCAAAUGCACCAGUGGUUCACCCUAAGGUUUCUCUUUUUUUUUGUUCCUUUAUGGUUCUGCAUCAGAGUCUGCUCUCUGCCGGUUCCCCAGCAGUGAGAGGUGUUGAUUUAAAGAAGGGGAGGUUUGAUUUAUGCACUAAUUGGAUGAUGGUAGAACUACUGAGUUUGCGUACCCCCUCACUUUAUUUUCUUUUUUUGUAUGUGGAAAGAGAAAAGAAAAAAAAAAAAACAUGUAACUGUUGAUAGUUGACUGUUUAUUGCCCAAUAUUGAAGUGUACAUUCAGAUUAUUAUUGUGUCAUGUCCUGUUCAAUAUCUGUACAAUACCAUUAAGCUUUUUUUAAGUAAAUGACGAAAAAAAAAGGCAAAAAAUGCAACGUGAUUGUUGAAUUUUACUGUAUUUUUACAGUUGUAUGCAAACCAGAGUAUCAGAGCCUUCAUGAUAAACGAUCAGAAUAUUAGAUAGUACCCCAUGAUUUCUCAGGCAAAGUCCUACAGCAAAGUGCAUCCAAAUUUUUAUUUCCAUGGUAGUGUGUGUAGAAAAUGAACAAAUGUGUAUAAAAAUCCUGCACUGUUUUAUUAAAUGCAUACUCUUAUGAGAUGGCAUUUUAACACCUAAUCACAAUGUCAUAGCAGCUUCACGGCACACUCAGCACUGAAAAUAUAAGACUAUGAUUUAAGGAGAUUAUGUUAAAUAUCAGAAAGGAAAAUGCCCUGCUCAGUGCAGAUUCAUGCAAUGGUAAAAUUAACUUUUUGAACAUUUUUCAAGUCCCACCUUCACCAAGAAGCAACGGUUCCUGAAGCUCCAUCCACUUUGGUCAUUGUAAGACAAAGGCUUUGUUCCAAACUGGUUUCUGCAUACUGUCAUAAGCAGUAUGCAUGCAAAUGUAGUACAGAGAAUGACCACUAGUCUGUUGCAAUUUUGCAGUAUGCUUGUCACAGCUUGGCUGGUUCCCUGUCCUGGAAAAGCCAUUUGUUUGUACUUAAGGCACAGGUCAGACACAAAUAUUUUCCAGAUACGUUGGAUAUCACACAGAUUUGCAUAGAAAAGAAUGGACUUCUGGCUGACUCGUCUCCACAACCAAAGGCUAGUUUAUGUUCUCUUUAUGUAAAAAAGUCAAUCUGUGCAUUUAAAUCAUAACAACUAGAGAUGGGCCAGAUCCAAAACUUGCUUUUUUUAUCUAACACCAGACUGACUGUGCUGAUUAUCACCAAUCCGAAUUCUGACAUUUUUUCUGUGAUUGCCACCUCAGCAUAGCAGAUAGCAGAAUAUUUCUCUGACCCUAAAGAUCAGUCCGGUAACGACCUAAACGUCACCCGUUGGUGUCUGUAAUAACAGCAACAUGAAAUGAGUGUUCGCUUUGUACAGCGUCUUGAUCUGACUGUAGGUGGCUUAAAUAUGAGCUGCAGCAACUCGUAUUACAACGGCUUAAACAACAGUUUGAAGGUUUUUAAACUCACGUUUUUUUAGUCUAUUAUGAUUCAAAGAAGCGCGCUGUGGUACUGAGCGAGCCCAGAGAAACAGAUAUGAAAAGUGCCAGCAGGGCUCUGUUAACAGGGUGCCAAAGCUACGUUAAAAAAUUAUAAACAUGGUACUUCUGGGAAAUCCGUCACAAUAAGUCUGUAGUCGUUGUUUUGCUUUAGUGCUUUAAUUGUGAAUGUCAAUUGUUUACUUUGAAAACUUCAUAGAUAUUCUUUUUAGUUGAAUCCUUCUUUUUCUUAUUAUUUGAAGAGGUUUGUAUUAUUUUUAUAGAUUUUUAUUUCUACAUAUUUACUUUUUAGUUACUGUUGCAAUUUUAUUUUCAAUCCCCUGUGCUGAUGUAGGUUGUCUACAAUUGUUGCUGCUGUUUUUUUGCAGCUCUCCACAGUUUCAAAUAUUUAACAUAAAAACAUUUAUAUAGUAAUAUAUGAAUUUCUUGUAAUACUGUCAAUAACACUAUUUCAAGUUUACAAGGGCUUUGAGUAACGUCCACACAAUACCACCAAAAACAAUCAGAAUAUUAAUUAUGAUUACAAAAUAUCAGAUUUCAUAUUGGGUAUCGGUACUGAUGUACUAGAAUCAGAUCAGAACUCAACAAGUUGAUCAGUCCAUCUCUAAUAGUUGACAUUCACAAAAGCAUCAAAUAUUUGUCAGAAGUUUUUAAUAACUCAUAAACUCCACCAAAUUAUGACACUAGAAAAGCACUCGGAGAGCGCAGACCUCCGCCAUUAGCUCUAUCUCUCAAUAGUAAAGAAUCCUUUAAAAAAUUCCUGUAUCCAGAUGGUAAACCGGAUCAGUCCCAAAAUCUAAUC